AUGGAAUUUCCGGAUUCGAUUGAAAAAGAACCAGAACCGGAACCAGUGCCAGAACCGAAAAGGAUAUCACCCUCUAAAGCAAAGGUAAUCGAUGAUGAUGAUGAUGAUGAUCCUACAGCAGGUGGUAAUGCAUUUGCGGCGCAAUUACGUCGUCGUGCGCUUAAACGGGAACAAAAUGCUGCAUUAUUUGAACCAAAACAAGAUGAAGCGGAAAUACAAUGGAAAAAGGCUGCUGAAAAUUUCAAAUCAAAACCAUUAAUUAUUAAUGAUUUGGAUUUUUCGGAAUUUCAUAAAGAUGAAUUUGAGCAAGAUCCUCUAGUAAUGGCUCGAUUAGCAGCAAUUGCGCAAGAGAAAGGUUUAUUUCCAAAUGCUAACAAUAGUGGUAUUCAACCAGCACCUGAAAGAGGUCCACCGCCAGCACCACCUUUAUUACCUGGUGGACCAGGAGCACCUCCGCCACCACCUUUUCUUGCUCCAAAUGUUAGCUCAAAUAAAACAGAUCGUGAUCCAAGUCCAAUACCACCGGUAUCAAAAACUGGAACACUGAAAUUACACUGGAAACCUGCGCAAGCUGAGCUACCACCGGUACCAUCAUUGCGGAAUAAGGGAACAUUUUGGCAUAAACUUGAUUUACCACAAAUUGAUGCCAAAAAAUUAGUGCAAUUGUUCGAGCAAAAAACCAAAGAAAUUCCUGCUGUUAAGCGACUUAAUGGUGAACAUCGAGCGCAAAUUCUUCAGGUAUUACCAUUAAAACGAUCUCAGGCUAUCAAUAUUGGAUUAACAAAAUUACCACCAAUAAGUGUUAUACCAACCGCUAUCAUGAAAUUUGAUUCAUUGGUAUUAAACAAAGAAGGUAUUGAAAAAAUACUCACUACAAUGAUGCCAAAUCCAGCGGAAAUUGAGCAAAUUGAAUUGAAAAUUGCGGAACAUCCGGAUAUGCCGCUAGGUCAAGCGGAACAAUUUCUUCUUAAACUCUCGCAAAUACCAUGCCUACUAGAAAGGCUUAGGCUUUGGGUAUUUACAUUGGAUUAUAAAAAUUGUGAAAAGGAUAUCGCGGAACCAUUAAUGGAUUUACAAUUAGCAAUGAAAGAAGUUGAAGAAUCGAAAACAUUCCGUACCGCUAUGGGAAUGCUACUAAUCAUUGGAAAUACGUUGAAUGGAACGAAUAUCAAAGGUUUUCAAUUGGAUUAUUUAAGUAAAGCAUCCGAAGUAAAGGAUCCGGUUUACAAGCAUACGUUAACAUAUCAUUUAGCUGAAUAUAUGAUUGAGCAUUGUCCGGAUGGAACCGAUUUAUAUUCCGAAUUUGGUGCUGUUGCUCGUACGGCUAGGUUUGAUUACGAUGAAUUGGAAUCAAAUUUAAAGAAACUGGAACAUGAUUGUAAAGCAUCAUGGGGUUAUUUGGCUAAAAUUAGCAAAAAUGAUAGUUCAUCAUCGAUGAAACAAAAGAUAAACGAUUAUUUAAAUGAUGUAGCACAACGAAUUCAUCAACUUAAAGCCAUCUAUAGGAUUGCUUUUAACAGAUGGCAUGCAUUUUUGCUCUUUUUUGGCUACAGUAUUCAAGAAGUACCAACAUUAAAACCAAUGAUUGUUUUUAAAAUG